UAUUUUAUAUUUUCCUUACAUACAUAAAAUAACAGCCAUCUAAGUGUCGCAUUAUUUGAUAUAACUGUGACAUAUUAAGCGCACUGAAAUCUUCACUGGAGCUUUCAAAUUACUUAUUUUUAUAUUGUUUCAUCAGCAUCAAAUAUUUGUGGACAUAAGUAGAAAGAUGUUGAGCAUUUAUGCGAGUAAUGGGUCGAUGGUGGAUGAAGCCAACUUACGGAAGUACUUGGAUGUUAUCGUAAAAGACAAAUCCAAGAUGGCUAUUAAGACGGCAGCGAUUGUUUACGACAAUGGAAACAUUGCGGCGAAGACAAACACGUUCAAAAUUUCUCACGAAGAUUUAUUGAAUAUAAAGCAGGCAUUUCUAACACCAAGCACGGAGAAGAUACAAUAUUGUGACGUUACAUACUGCGUAAAAUCUAAAACACGUGAACAGCUCGUUGCUUUUAACGGAACUAAUUACGUCAUUGUUAGUAAAACUGACGUCACUUUUAUUAUCGUCACGUGCUGUUCCAGACAAAAGUAUUCCACUCUUGCCGCUUGGAUCAAUGCAGUUGCAAAAAAAUUGCGGGAAAGACAUACAUGACAGUGGCGAAGAGUCUUCUGUGCUUAAUUAAAGAUCUGAUCAACUGUCUGCGAGCGCUGCAUUUAAAGUUCUAAGGGUAUCGUCCGUAUAGAUCGGCAAAGGCGUCUGCUCGGCAUUGAUGGUAAUACUGGUGUUACCUAGUUGGACUGGUCGUUUUUGAAAGUGUCAAAUACUUUAUCAAACAGAAAGUUUUAAGAGAACUAAAACCUGCAUCCGCUGAAUAUUGUUUGCCAUCAAGAUACCCAUAUAUGGGCGGAAUAGAGGUUAGUAGUAGCACGUCUAAUAUCUCAAAGUUUUAUUGAACUCACUCAAUGUGAUAAAAUCACACAGUUUCUGUUACGGCCACAAGUCUGAAGUGAAAGACUGUCUAGAUCUGUGGACAUUUCGCUUUAUAUAAGACCUAUAAAACUGUCAGCACAUUGUUGCGAAGAGUUCUUUGUUAAGAUAAACCAUGUCUUCUAGUUUUGUUACGUUACACGUUAAUAAAAUUUAAUAUAAAAUGAUGAAAAGUCAUUGUAUUAGGGCCUAAUUGAGUUACUUAACUUUUGUAACAACAUCUUAGCACAAACUGUGACAGUUUGGAUUGCUCAUUUCGGGCGGUGUUUUUGUCUUGCGUGUUUAGUAUUUCAGUGAUAGGCUGCCUUUGUAGGACAGCAAUCUCCGCUCGAUUUUCUCUUCUGACGAAAACGGAAAUUCAAUCAGAAUUGAAUAAUUUAACAAUGACCGUGACUCACUGCAGACCUGGAGCGCCUGUAUAAAUUACAGACUCCGGUAUAUACCGGAUUCAAGCAAUUUGAAUGAAGAGUA